AUGGAGAAUAAUGGGCAGAAAAUAUCUCCAUCGAAAUCAAAGCCACCAAAUGGGCCACAACAAUCAAGGGGUAUUUGGAAACAACAUUAUACGGAGAAACAAACUGAUGGGAAAAAGGACACUUUGGGUAAUGUUCAAGAAAUUAAGGGGCGCUCACAAGAAACAUAUGAAGAGGACACAGGUAGAGUGAUUGAGAUUGGUGACCACUCAGGGAAAGAUACUAAUACCAUUUUAAACCGGGAAGGCAGAG